CUAAGUGUAGUUUGUUUUCUUGGUGCAGGAUUGGGGAGUUCUACCUCACCAACAACUACCGAGCAUGACAAGUCGCAGCAGAGAUGCCGUCUCCGAUGUGACUUCUGUGACUAUGAAACUGGAGAACUGUUAUGUCUGAAAGCACAUGUCAGGCUCCACACAACUGCGGGCCCACUUCUGUGCCACUUGUGCCCUCAGAGUUUCUCGCGACAAGACACACUCAAGAAACACCUACGCAUCCACACAGGGAGGUACCACGAAUUCCCAGCAACAGUCAAGCAGGAGGAAUUGCAGGGGGAGUUGAAAGAGGAGUUGCCCAAGGAGUUACAGGAGGAGUUGCAGGAGAGUUGUCUCAACCAUUGUGACUGUUGUGAAUAUGCAACUGCCAGGCUGUCCACUCUCAUCAUACACAAGCGUAAACACAUGGCAUUGAGGCAUCCCACUUGUCUAGAAACUGCAGAGGGUGAGAAGUUGCAGCAGGCACACGUCCAUCGCUGUCGCAUCUGUGACUAUAAGACUGAAAGACUGCGUGAUCUGAAAGCACACAACAGGCUUCACACAGACGAGCGUCCAUAUGAAUGUCAUUUGUGCCCUCAAAAAUUCACGCAGCUGUGCAAACUGAAGGAUCACCUUCGCAUUCACUCAGGCGAGAGGCCAUUUCAGUGCCCUUCAUGUCCUCUCAGCUUUUCGCAAAAGGCCCAUUUGGUUCAACACCUGCGCAUCCAUACAGGUGAGCGACCAUACCGCUGCGCUGUUUGCUCCAUGUCAUUUACGCGAAACCCUAACCUGACGAGACACAUGAUCAGAAGACACCAUGAUACCAUGUCAAAGUAGGUCACUAUGCUUUCAGGCAGAUAUAGUAGAUGAAAGAGAUAUUGAAUAACAAGUUCCAUCAUGAAAAAAAAAAAAUUGACAUCCAUCCGCAUGUAGCACGAAGCUACAAAGAAAACCCACAUAGACUUUCUUUGUAGCUUUGUGCUACAUA